AUGAAGUACGGAGAGCACUUGAAGGCCAACAUAUCGCCAGUUUAUGGCGAAGCUGCAUACUUGGACUACGACCGGCUCGAUGAUAUCAUCCGUGAACUAUCCGACUUCGCACCAAGUAGUGCUGAUUUGGAGAAUCGACAGGUUUCCUUGACUACUCCGCCACCAACCAACUCUCGAGGACUUGCACAGGAUGCCCGUGGAAUGACAGAGGAAACCUUCCUCAAGAAGAUUGAUGCAGAGUUGACCAAAUGCGAAAAUUUCACUCUGGAGAAAGUUACGGAGCUUCGACAGAAAAUCGUGGAAGCUGAAAAUAUGAUCGAUGUCCAGAGUAAUGAGAAAGUUACGGAGCUUGCAGAUACUAUUGCUAAUGACUUUUUGACGUUGGAAAAAUAUGUCAAUCUUAACUUCAUGGGUUUUCACAAGAUUUUGAAGAAACACGACAAAUACCUCCCAAACAAUCCAUGCAAAACCUUCUAUGUGUCAAGAAUGCAUGGACAAGCUUGGGUGCGUGGUGACUAUAGUGAUCUUGUUGUUCGGCUAUCGCAGAUCUAUUCCCGAAUUCGUGAAGAUCAUGUUGCGAAAGAGAACAACGAUGCGUCUCAGUCAUUCUUACGAUCCACCACCAAGUACUGGGUCAAGACAGAAGAUGUCAGUCGAGUCAAAUACUUCAUUCUGCGUCAUCUGCCAGUGUUUUUGCAAAAGACAUCGACAGGAGAAAGUGACUCUCAAUUCACCAACUCUGUGUACGUGGAUAAUGAUCAACUCGAACUAUACCAUGGUCGACUUGACAAGUCUCCCGGUGCUAUCGCUUUGAGAAUGCGUUGGUAUGGCCUUGGAGAUCCAAAAACUGUCUUUGUGGAGCGCAAAACACACAACGACAAAUGGACCGGGGAAGUUUCGGUAAAGGAACGCUUUAUUAUCGACGAGUCUGAAGUUCAUCAAGUCAUGACAAACACGUAUCCAAUUGCAGAGAAAAAGCAAGCAAUGUUGGACAAGGGAAAGUCACAAAAGGAUGCUGACGAAUGGGAAACCCUUGUGCGCGAAGUCACCCAAGUCUGUGUGAGUAAGCAGCUUGUCCCAACAGUCCGAACUCAAUGUAUGAGAACCGCCUUCCAAAUUCCCUUUGACGCCACGGUCCGAGUCUCCUUGGAUACCAAUCUUUGUAUGAUUUCCGAGCGUGGAUACGAUCUGCAGGACAUGAAGGUCUGGCAUCGCGAUCCUCGCUCUGUCUUGCAGAAUAACGAACUCCACCGUUUCCCUCACGCCGUGCUUGAAAUUAAAUUGGAGCUCAAGGGAGGAAACAUGACACCACCCCAAUGGGUCCUCGACUUGCAAAACUCUGGAUUGCUGUACGAAUGCCACAAGUAUUCCAAGUACUGCCAUGGAUGUGCAGUCUUGCUUCCUGAAGAUGUCCGAUGCGUCCCCUACUGGGUGGAUGAUAUCUCCCUUCGCGAAGCCAUUAUUGCCUCGGGCGCUCGGCGCGUCUUGGCCGAUGCCGAAGCGGGUGCCGGACCUGGUGCCAACGCGAUUUACGACCACCUCUUGCCCUUUGGCGACUCUACCAACAACCGCAAGGACACUGCUGUGGGACGCACCAAUGUUUCUGCGGCAGCCUCCAUGGGAUUGGCGGGGCCCAAAAAGAGCAACGGGGAUGCUGCGUUGACGUUUUAUGAUGGCUACUAUGACGAAGAAGAGGGAGAAGAUCAAAAAUGCCAUUGGAUGUUUCCCUUUUGCUCACGUUUCAACUACGCCGAAGCAGUUGUCGCACCAACCUCGAUUCAAAAGAUUGAACCCAAGACCUUCUUUGCCAAUGAGCGUACCUAUUUGCAUUGGCUCCAUUAUGCUGUCAUUCUGUCUUCCAUUGCCUCCUCCAUCUUGGCGUUUUCGGACGAGUCCGGAGAAAGCUGGGGAGAAUGGUAUGCCCUGGCCCUCUUGCCCAUUUCGUUGGGAUUCUGUUUGUAUGCCUUGUAUACGUAUCUAUGGCGAGCUGACCAAAUUCGCUCUCGAAUCCCUGCCCGUUGGGACGAUCCUUUUGGUCCUCUGGUCUUGGGUGGCACUGUCGCCUUUGUAUUGAUUAUGAAUUUCUGCACCAAAUUGUACGAAAUUCUUGAAAACGAAUGGGCCAGUGCCGAGUUGUAA